UCACGAUGAGCAAAGAUCAGCAGUUUGUCAUUUGCUCUAGCACAGAGAGCUCUCAGACCGGAGAGAAAGGUGUCGAAUUUGGAAUUUUGGGGAUUCUGGAGAUCCAGAGAAUUUGGAGAUCUGGGAAAUGGAAUUGGAAUUGGAAUCGAGUUUAUUUGAAGAUGUUGGUGAUCUUGGAGAUGCAAGGAAUUUGGAGGUUUAGGAACUGAAGUUAAUUGAGAUGAAGUUUGUGUGGGAAUUUUUGAGAUUCUGAAGAUCCAAAGAAUUUGGAAAUUGUUUCUAGGUCUUGGAAGUUGAAUUCUUCUUUCCUGAACGCUUUUCGACAUCACCAGGGAGUAAUAUAGCUGACGCAAACAUGGUUUCUUCUUCGAUUUUCAAGGAUGCCUAUAAAAGAAGGCCAAACGACCCCAUUUGGCCAUGUGAAUCAUAUAAAUUGUAUGUACCUAUUAGCGUCAAGUUUGGAGGAGAACACAUCGAUUGACCCACAAAGGGGAUCACAGUCGUACAAGCGCCAAAAGAACCAAAGGUUACCAUUGAUCAAGGUUAAUAAGCAUAUCAAACCAUUUUUUUAAUUUUCUACAUUGUACGUUCCACGCCUACGCAAGCUUAUCAUCUUCCAAACUAUGUUUUCAACCCCUGACCUUCUUUAAAUCGUAAAAUAUAAAUUACCAGAUAAAUUUUCUACAUUGUACGUUCCACGCCUACGCAAGUUUAUCGUCUUCCAAACUAUGUUUUCAACCCCUGAUGUUCUUUAAAUUGUAAAAUAUAAACUACGAGAUAAAUUUAAACAUAGAAUACAAAGAAACAUUAAAUUUCUUAAAGUCAUAUAAACCCAAACUUCAAAUACCUACAACUCAAUUUUGAUACUAAUUAAUAUUUAAUAACAAUCAUCAAAAUAGCACGAGUACGUAAUUAAACUAUAAAUAUAAAUUGUGUUCAUAAAGAUAGGGAUUUGCACAAGCAGAAGGUAUUUGCCUUACAAAGUGCAAAAGUAACAUUAAUACAGUAUUAUUAGUAAGCUUGUUGAUAGAGCUGCUCCCUCUGAUAUUUAUCCAUGAUCGAUAACAAUAGUGAUACGAGACAGCUUGCCGUCGUUGCGGUUAUUCGCAUGGAUAAACGAUAAAGAAAUUGAGCACAGUAUGAUGCACGGAUCAGCCUACGAGUUCAAAGGGGAUAUAUUGAUCGUAGAAGGGAAAAUAACUGUUGCCUCGUGCUAAGCCGCCGAUGUGGAACACGAGGACGCGUGUGCUGACCGCACACAUCCGGACGAAUGUCUUAUCGACAUGGGGUCGCGUGCACACGUGUGACGAGAAACUGUCUGCACCAGGUUCGCUUCCAGGGGCAGGUGAAGGCUAUGAAAACACGAUGCAUGCUUUUAAACGAGCUGUAGCGAUUGGUACACAAAUGUUAGAAUUGGAUUGUCAUUUGACAAAAGAUGGAGAAGUAGUUGUAUGUCAUGACCAUAAUCUUUUACGUAGUACAGGCACAAAUAAAAGUAUUUCAGAAGUAAAUUACAAAGAUCUACCUCUAUUGAAACCACGUCUUCCAAUAGAUUUUGAUCCAGAUGUAGAAUAUAUUGGCACAGAGAAGGAAGAAGAUAGAAGAUUUGCUUUAUUGAAAGAAGUAUUUGAAGCAUUCCCUAAUAUACCAAUUAAUAUUGAUAUUAAAGUUAACAGUGAUGAACUUAUAACCAAAGUAUCUAAUUUAAUAAAGGAAUAUAAUCGGGAGGAGUAUACUGUAUGGGGAAACUUUAACGAUGACAUAACACAGAAAUGUUAUAAGACGAAUCCUAAUAUAAAUUUGUUAUUUUCCAUGAGACGUGUAACUCUGUUGAUAGUUUUCUUAUACACUGGUUUAUUACCAUUUAUACCUCUAAAGGAAACACAUUUAGAGAUAUUUCUACCUUCCAUUUAUUUAAGAUGCAAAGGAAGUCCAAGUAUAAAAUUCUUACCCUUGGAAAAAAUAAUUAUAAGGACUAUUAAUGUAUUACUAAUGAGGAAGUGCUUAUUUAAUCAUUUAAGAACUCGUGGAAUACAUAUCUAUUUUUGGGUCUUAAAUGAAGAAGAAGAAUUUAAGAAAGCUUUUGAUCUUGGAGCUACUGGUGUAAUGACAGAUUAUCCUACAAAAUUAAAAUUAUUUUUAAGUAAUUGUUCUAUCGAAUAAGACACUAAAUGCAAUGAAUGAGAAUGAUACUAAUAUAUAAGAUAUAUAUAAUAUAUAAGAUAUUUAUUGAUGUACUUCUGAGAAGUACAUGUACACGCUGUUAUAAAUGAAGAAUGUGUUGAACUUUUAUUUGAUAGACAUGUAUUACUUACAAAUUAUGAAAAAAAAUAUUUCUAUUACUUAUUGUAUACUAACAAAAGGAAGUAAGAGCAGCUUGUUUCAAAAAAUUAUACAUGCAUAAGGCAGAUAAAAGUAAGUUUCAAGAAAAUGGAUAGUGACAUAUUAGUAAAAUACAAUGAGAAAAAUAACUAUAAAAUGUGUGGGCAAAGACACUGCGAAAAAAACAUUCUAAAAAUAUUUUCUGCCACAUUCAAAUAUAUUCGAUAUUUCGAUUAUAUUCAAAAUAGAAAGUUCACAAAGUUCGAUAAUCUAGUCUAAAAAAAGUAUUUUAUAAAAUCAUUAUCAUAGAUUUUUAUAUAUUGAAAACUGAUACACAAAACACGUUUGAUCAUUACAGCUACAUUAAGUCGCAUUUAUUAUAUAACUGUAUUAUUAUAGUAUUUUGUAUGUACCAAAGCAGUAGGGACGCAAAUAUUAUUAAUAAUAUCGCACACACAAAGUUUAAUUAUUUAUACAAGCUUUAUUGCAACAUAUCUUUGAGUAUAAAGAUCAAGAAACUGAUAAAUAACUUACAUACUUCUGUAUAAAAUACUCCUUUAAUUCGUUUGCGUGUUUAUAUUCAUCAAGAAGUCGAUAGAAAAUUAAAAAAGAAUAUAUUUACAUGCAUGAGGGUACAUAAAUAAUAUACUCUAUACAUAUAUCUAUUACAAGUACAUUGAUGGAAUAUAACAUUGAGUAUGAUUUGCUAUGCUAGACAAUUAUAAAAUAUAAAAGGAAUCAUAUUCGUUAUUUGAUCACGAAUGAGCGAUAACCAGUUUAACAGAACUGAUUACAUUUCAUUAUAUUUAUUUGUUAUAUAAUUACUUAAAUUGUAUAUUCUUCUCUAUUAGUAUUACUAGUAUCAUAUAACUGUCUUAAUUAUGGUUUCAAAAAUACUGCAAAACAGUUCUUAAUCACUACUUGUAUAGAGAGCAAAUUUAUAUUAUGCAUAAAUACAUGUAUAUGUUUUAUAUUUGGAAUAAAUUCUAACAAUAUUUGUAA